GAAAAGUUGCUGUGUGCACGGGACGCUCGGGCGGGUGGGCUCAGCGGGACGAUGCGGUUCGGCUCCAGGUGUGUCAUGACAACUGCGCUCUUGAAAUUAUUCCCAUUCUGCCUGUAAGUUCAUGCCUGGUCCAUCAUCACCCUCUGUCCAUCUAACCGCUGUCCUCCAGUGAGUCAGUCUGCAACCUGUCAUGGCUUCCACUGCUUUCCUGCUGCUGGCCCUCUCCUCCUCUGUCUCCCUCACAGUGGCGGUGUUGUUCGGUGAGCCAAGAAUAUAUGGAGAGGAUGCUACUGGUUACGGCCCCAUAUUUGAAGAGGAGCCUGUCGAUGUGGUUUAUACUGAAGACUCACCUGAUAAGAGGCUCUCAAUGAACUGUCGGGCACGAGCAAACCCACCAGCGACAUACAGGUGGCGUCGGGAUCAGUGGGAAAUCAAGCUGAUGGAGCAGCCGGAUGAGCACUACAGCUUGGUGGGGGGCAACCUGGUCAUCACCAACCCCAUGCAGAAGAAACAUGCUGGGACGUACGUCUGUGUGGCCAGGAAUAUAUACGGCACUGUCAUCAGCAAAGAGGCUCGGGUCAAGUUUGGAUUUCUGGGCGAGUUUCCUGAUGAAGAGAGAGACCCGGUGUAUGUAAAGGAAGGACAGGGAGCGGUCCUGCUGUGUGCCCCUCCUAAAGCCUGGCCACAGGAGGUGUCUUACCGCUGGAUCUACAACGAGUUUCCAGUGUUCCUCUUCACAGACCGUCGUCGUUUCGUCUCGCAGAAGACGGGGAACCUGUACAUCUCUAAAGUCGAGGCGCAGGAUGCUGGAAACUAUUCCUGCUUUGUUUCUAGUCCCAUCUUAGGGAAGAGCGUCUUCUCAAAGUUCAUCCCUCUCAUCCCCUUACCUCCCGAGGACGGUGAGGAGAGGAAGUAUCCGGCAGACAUCAGGGUGAAGUUCCCAGACACCACUGCCAUGCUGGCAUCCAAUAUUACCUUGGAGUGCUUUGCUCUUGGAAAUCCCAUCCCCCACAUCGUGUGGAGAAAGGUGGAUGCCACAGACCUGCCGGCAAACCACGAAAUCAGUGAAUCGGGAGCCGUGCUCCACCUGUACAACGUUCAGUAUGAAGAUGUGGGCGGAUAUGAGUGUGAGGCCAUCAACACCAAAGGAAAGGACUGGCACAAAGCCUGGCUCUAUGUGGAGUCUGCACCUGAGUGGGCGGAGACAAUCAACAACACUCAGAUUGACAUUGGCUCGGAGCACACGAUGCGCUGCGUGGCAUCGGGGAAACCCUUCCCGUUCAUCCGCUGGUACAAGGAUGGAUACAUGUAUGGGAAAGGUGAGCUGAAGUUUUCCAGUCUCACUUUUGACGACUCAGGGAUGUACCAGUGUAUUGCCGAGAACUACUGGGGCAUCAAAUACGCCAACGCUGAGCUGCGGGUCAUUGCUUGUGCUCCAACGUUUGAGUUCAACCCUGUGAAGAAGCAGCUUCUGGGAGCUAAUAAUGGCCGUGUGGUGAUUGAGUGUAAACCCAGGGCGGCGCCGCGGCCCCAAUACACCUGGACGAAGGGCAAGGAGCUGCUUUUCAACAAUUCACGUAUAUCCAUCCUGUUCGACGGGAGUCUGGAAAUCCGCAAUGCCACCAAAAAUGACGAGGGUGUUUACACCUGCCUUGCUGAGAAUGACAGAGGAAAGGCCAACAGCUCCGGCUCUCUCACCAUCACAGAGGCGACCAGCCUCUCAGUGGCUCCUGAAGACUCCGAGGUCAAGGUUGGUGAUGAAGUGAUCCUCAGAUGCGCUGCUUCAUUUGACCCCAUGCUGGACAUCACCUUCAUCUGGGCCAUAGACUUCAGAGUCAUCGACUUUGACGCCGAGUGGCAACACUACGAACGCGUCUUGACUGAAGAUGGGGUCGGCGACCUGCGGAUAAAGAACGCACAGAUUUGGCACGAAGGUCGCUACACCUGCACGGCUCAGACCGUGGUGGACAGCGACUCGGCUUACGCUGACCUCAAAGUCGUCGGUGUGCCGGGGCCUCCUGGUGUGAUCCGGGUGGAGGAGAUCGGCGACACGUGGGUGAAGCUGCUGUGGACUAAAGGAUCGGAGCAUAACAGCCCCAUCCUGUCCUACACCAUCCAGACCAGGCACUACUGGGCUCUCUACGAGGACGACUGGAGGAAUGCCAGCACGUCUCCAACCUUUCUUGAUGGUAGCAUGGACAGGGCGGAGGUGACAGACUUGUACCCCUGGAUGGAGUAUCAGUUCAGGAUCAUUGCUACCAAUGAGUAUGGCUCUGGAGAGGCCAGCAUCCCCUCUCUCAAGAUCAAAACCUGGGACGCCCCUCCAGUCAUUUCACCCACGGAUUUGCAAGGCUAUGGAGGUCGAAAUGGCGAGGUCUUCAUCACAUGGACACCGGUGCAGCCGUGGUACUUCUAUGGGAAGAAGUUUGGCUACAUUUUGGCUUUCAAGCCUCACGAUGCUUACGACUGGUGGUAUGAGACGAUCUCCGACCCCGAGACGAGACGACACGUCCACAGAGACACCUACUUUAUCCCCACCGAUGAAGAUUUCCAAGUGCGUGAAUUCCAGGUGAAGAUCAAGUCCUUCAAUGUGAAGGGAGACGGACCCUACAGCCUCACCAAGGUCAUCUACUACCCACGAGACGUCCCGACAGAACCUCCCACUGACGUCUACGCUCGGCCAGUGUCUUCCACUGAAGCUCUGGUGUGGUGGCUGCCUGUGGUUGACACAGGAACAGGAUUACAACAGUACAUUGAGGGAUACCAGGUGAAAUACUGGAGAAAGUAUGACGAUCCAGAGCCAGGAGCCCAUCGCAUCUUCGUCUCAGCGUCGGUGAAUCAGACCAGGCUGGAAAACAUGCUGCCAGACUCGCACUACCUCAUCGAGGUCCGCGCCUUCAACGGGGCGGGCCUUGGACCGCCUGGCGAGCACUGCGAGAUGUUCACCAAGAGGCCCCCGCCGCCAGACCCUCCGAGGAUGUGGCGCUACAUCAGCUGGACGGGAAAAUGGCUGUAUGUGUGGUGGGACCACAUCACGUACGACUGGUUCGGCAAUGUUUCCUUUCCCCUGUACUACAAGGUCAUGUUCAGGAAGACGGGGUAUAUUUACGGGAAGGUGUACGUCACCGGCUGGCACUUCAUGGACUUCCCCAUGCCUCAGGUGGGAGAUUAUGAGCUGAUGGUGCGCGGGCGUUAUGAGGGAGGAGACGGCCCGGUGAGGAAGAUCAGGAUUCAGGGUAAAGCAUCUACAAUCACGCCGACGUUAAGCCUUGUGUCGUCGGUGCUGCUGGCAAUGUGCAUCGUGGGACUGGGAAUUUAAGUGUAUCAUAAACUCUGGGAGGGGAAAACAAACCGACGAGAGGAUCCGGUUUUCAGCAUCAAGCAGUCCUCACACCGACAGUCACCGGUUCAAAUCCCACUACAGCCAUCUGCUCUGCAUUAGUUCUGGUAAAACGCUGCACUCAAAGUUGUUGUUUGUGUUAAAUAAAGUUAGUUUUGGACCUUUAAACUUUA